AAUUCGCCCUGCUGUCGUCGUCGUCAUCGUCGUCGGCGUCCCUCUCGUCCUCGAUAUCUAUCUGCUCACUUACGCUUUCGCCAUCUACUCAUUAUUCCCAAAAGUUACCCAUCUUUUAUCACGCAUUCAUCGGAGGCGACUCUACGUCUUAAUUAUCUCAUAGUAUUAAAUGCACGACGUUGUAACGAUUUCUUCCACACCGAAAAGUUACUUUCCGAAGACUCCAGACGAUCUACUGCCCACUAUCACCCUCACGAAUAGACCUCAGACUACAGACACGACCUCCUGGCCUCACAAAUCUGAUUCUGAAGUGUCACUAGAGACUUGGCUUCCACAGAACGAUAGUAGUCCUCCGCCGUUGACACGCCGAGCGCCUUCUGCAACUUUACAAAAAUCAGCCUUUUCCAAAAUGACUUCUCUUUCCGAAUCCAACCCUCCUAGCAUGGACUCCGCGCUUGGUGGCAAUAACCGCUGGCUCUUCAAUGCCAAUGGCCAGCUUGUCGAUGUCAAUCCGGAUGCCGGUGCGGCCGGUUGGGACUUGGCGGACGAGAUUGUUCGGCUGAACAUUGGUGACGUCGCUGGGGAGUCGGGAGACGAUGCACCCAUUCGGACACCCCCAAAGUCCAAAUUACCCAGCACUCUUGUGCAGUUGGCAGAAACAAGUCCGCUGGAGACCUCUUCCGCUGAUAGCCUCGACUCUUCUCCUCCCUCUUCCGAGCAUCAAAUUACUAUCUCUCAUUCACGAGGAUCAUCAACGGACACGACAGAGUCUAGCUCGCAGGAGUCUGCACUUUCCGCCGCCAGCAACACUAUGCUCUCUCAUUCUCCUCUCAACGGACCACCUAGUGAACUGAAAGAGCGCCCGCAUUCGUUCAGCGGUGGCCUAUCGAGUGCGGACUUGCGUCGUCUUCAGCAUGCUGGGGAAGGCACUGGUUUGGAUGCUACAGAUGGUCAGCUACAGCAGCAGCAGCAGCAACAGUGGCCUCAGUAUCGGGAGCCAGGACCUGCUGGAGAGCAGCUCUCUUACCCUUCACUGGCGAACAAUACUGUGUCCGUUCAUCGUCCCCAGGCACAGCCCCAUCCACAGCUUUUUGACUAUCGAUCAGCAUCCCAGUCAGUCAUUCCGGGCAGAGAUGAUCUUCAGAUUGAUUACAAUCUUCAGCAACGUAACUUCAGUCCUCUUUCGCACGCGAGCAUGGGUACCGCCGCUCCUGGCGCCCAAUCAUAUGUACCGAACAGACCUAACAACGCCGUACCCAUUCAGUAUCGCCAGCCUCCCCGUGGAUAUCCUCAGCAGCAGGGUAUUAUCCCAAGUCCUCCAGGCAUGCCGUAUCCUAGUCAUACCGCCCACAUGUCGCUGGGUAAUUCCCAGCAGCUCUACGACAUGAUGUUAACAGGCCCUCCUCAAGACCAUCCAGCGGUCUCUAGAGUCCAGCAACAGCAUAACAUCUUCCGAGGCGCGCACCAUCACUCAGCCUCUGACCCAUCGGCGCUUAGAGAUCCAUCGCAACUUCCCUUGAUGGGCGGUAACAUGCAGCCUUACGCCCCGGGUUUGUUCCCACCAGGCAUGGGUGCGCCUCCGCCUGCAAUGGCUUUGUAUCCUAACCAGUUCUAUGGUCAAGAUACAUAUGCCCGACAGGAUGCGCAAGUCAUGGCAAGAUUACAGCCGCAAUAUAGUGGUCCUUAUGGAAUUAUUCCGCCACAGAUGGACAGUGGACUUCACAGUCCCAGUAGUGCCACUAGCGGAGGGCAGAAUGGGCCUAGCGCCAACAACAGGAAGUUGGGUCUCUACAAGACUGAGCUUUGCCGUAGUUGGGAGGAGAAAGGGACGUGUCGAUAUGGCGCCAAGUGCCAGUUUGCUCAUGGUGAAGAAGAGCUGAGAAAGGUGUCAAGGCAUCCGAAGUAUAAAACUGAAAUCUGCAGGACCUUUUGGGUUUCUGGCUCAUGCCCAUACGGUAAACGAUGCUGUUUCAUCCAUACGGAGCUUCCAACGUCUGGCGCCGCCGCCGUUCCUGGUGGCACUCCGGAGAACGCUCCUCCCUCAGCUCGCCCCGAUGGUCGUGCCCGCUCAAUGAGCACUAACAGUGAUCCAGCAGAGCCCGUGUCCAUUCUUGCCCGUAUCUCUGCCAAACGUAAUCAAGAACCACCAACGAACAGCUCUACCCCCAUUGACGUUAGCUCUACGAACGGGUACCAAUUCACGCGCCCGCCUACGGGUUCCCUCAGGGUCGACACUGCACUGGAUGCACCUACGAUCAAACAGAACAAGUCUGCGUAUCCAGCGUUUGCGAGUAACGGUGUUCUUCUACCCAGUGCUGAUCACAGCAGAGGCACCAAGUCGCCUGCACCUGUGACUGCUGGUCCGGACCUCGGCAGACACAACAAUGCACGAAUUGAGAUAGUGGGUUAUAAUCAGCGCAUGAAUCAGAACGGUACACCCCCUUCCAAUGCUAAUGUCCGACAUUCGUUCAAUGGCAGCGAAGACGCUUCUUUCACCCCAUCGCAACCUGUUCCAGGUCACUCGUACACUUUGUCAUCCGGUGACAACACAGUUCCUUCAUCCCAACAGCCGCCGCGAGGAAAUGGUCAUGUUCGGGCAGGCAGUGCAGGCAAUUGGGGAAGCUUUGCUCGAAGCAACCACUUGUCGUCGGCUUCGUACUCGCACGCGCCUACCGCGGCUGGCGAAGCAUCGAUCAAUUCGCCUUGGUCAACAACGGAGCUGACGAUGGGCACAUCCAGACUUCACGAGAAAGCUUGGGCUUGAAAUCAUGCAUUAGCAUCCGUGCCGUGCACGGUCCUGGACAUGCCUUUGACUGUUUCUUUCGAUUGAUUUCCUCUCUUGAUUAUGACUGCCGUGCAGGAUCGGACAAUACUCCUCUCUGAUCUCAAACACCUGUUACACUACUUCCCUUUUCGCCUUGCCGGAUCUCUACAUACAUACGCUUGUUUGUGUCAAUCCUCUUCGUACUGAAAACCACAUAGCAAUUUCUCUCCGCGUUUGAUUUCUCUUGUCGUCAAUACUAGGGCUAUACUUUAUCUCACCCAGUUUGCAUAGCAUUAUCGUCGUCACAGCAACAUGUUUUUAUUCAUCUCAUUCAAUAUAAAUCUUGUUAUUCUGCAUGGAUAGGGAAUGUAAGUACGAAGGAUAUAACCGGAGAAAAAAUAAGGCUAUACAUGGAUGCAUGCGGAGUCUGUGAUACAAUGAAGAUAAGUUGU